GCGCCCAAUAGCCGGCAGGUGCGCCCAAUAGCCGGCAGGUGCGCCCAGCAGCGGCCACGUGGGGUCCUGCUCCCCGCAGAAAAGGCGCUGGCUGGUCCGGGCAGGCUAUGGACUGCUGUUUUUCCUGCACUGCGAAGAGCCAGCUGGAGUGAGGAUUAAGCCAAAGCCACACUUGGGAUCUCCAGCCAGCUUCUCCAAGGAGAUGUCCACACUUGUCCAGGAUUUCUGGAACUGUGUCCCGGCAGAAAUCCUGGUCCAUAUAUUUUCCUACCUGCCUCUUAAAGAAAGACUUGCAGCCCUGCAAGUGUGUCAAUCUUGGGCUGAGGCAGUUCAUACAACUUCCAUCUGGACUUUUACAGAGAUCAGUUGCAAUGCAGAGGAGAUGGAUCAAGAGUGUGUGGUGCAGAGGCUACACCAGUUCCUGUGCCAUAUCAAGCACCUGAAGAUUGUGCUUGAAGGAUCCCGGGAAGCAAAUCGGAAGCACAUGACUCAGAUUUUAGACAUGCUGAUUUGGCAGAAUAAUGAGGUGCGGGCGCUGAGUAUGGUGUGCCAGGGAAGGCGUCCGCCCUAUUUCUUUUCUGACCAAGAUCUCCAGUGGAGCUUCAGCAGCCUGCGUGGUCUUCGCUACCUUGAUCUCCGACAGACCUCUUUUACUCUGGGUGAUGAGACGGUGCUUCUGAUCGCAGCCUGCAGCCCGGACCUGCGUGCCUUGCUCAUCAACAGCCGCCUCUCUCCAUUUUAUAUUCUCAGGGCAGAGACCAUCGCUGAGGUGCUGAGGAUGUGUCCUCAAUUAUCUGCCUUGGGGGUCCAGCAUGCCACCCUCUCUGAGGAGGUAUUUCAAGAAUUGUUGAAGCCAAGCAGAGGCCCCUUCCACUUUCUGGACAUCUUCUGUGAGGGCCUGAAUGACGACAUCCCUGAGGCGCUUUGGUCUGCUCUGAUUGAGAAACACCCCCAGCUCUGUGUAGGGCUCGUGUUUUGUUUCACGGUCCCUUAUGCGAACAUAUCUGCAACUUUAAAGCCGAAUAUUCCUGUGACUGCUUUGCAGUUUAAAUACAGUUACAGACUGGUGGGACUCAUUCAGUUGGUUACUAACCACUACAGCAGGACCCUGGAGCGGCUGGACCUCAACACCAGCCCGUCUGAUGACCUUAACAUGUCUCUCAUGGAGCUGGCAAGGAACUGUGUGCGUUUGAAAGAGAUUCAUUGUUCCUGUACAGUUAGCCAAGCAGUGGAAGAGGCUUUCCUCUUGUAUUGCCCAGGUCUAAUCAAAUACACUCUGAAAACCUGAUCACUGCUGGCAGUGGAAACUGACAGAGGUGAAGUAAACUUCCUACUUCUUUUCCAGAGUGGAGAUAAGGAACUGGGACAGAAGGUGGAGAAGUGUUGGACCCUAAACUUACAAUCUGAAAUGGAGCCAAAAGAUGCUUACUUGAAAUUUAUGGGACAAUACUUGGGUUUCUUUGCCCUGGAGACUGAGGGUUAAACUAUUUUUAUGAAGUUAUGCAUCUUAAUUUUAAAAAUGAUUUUAAAUUGUAGUUCACAAUAAAGGCUUUCAUAUGAAA